AUGUUGGUACCGGGGUAUUGCCUGCAGCGACGCGUCGUCAGGUUUACUGGCGCUGGGCUCGUCGUGCUAUGCCUCACAUUGGGCUUGCUCUACUCAUUCCAGUAUGACUUGAGUACUUGGAACCGCGCUGUUGGCGGGUUCCCACCUUCACUGUCCUCGUCGCCACCUGAGGAUUUCCGCGACCACGCCGUUGCCUACUGCUCACCGGACUCGAGCUCCGGCCUCACUUGUUUCCAUAGCAGGAACCCUGGCAAUGGAGAAACGGACUCGACGUGCUUUGGUCGCGGCGCGGAUUUUGACGUCCAGUCCGGCAAAUUCAGCCUCGAAUGUGACAUUCGCAGCCUGUCCUCGGAAGAAUCUGACCGAGGCCUGGUGGCAUUUGAGUCGAUUCGUUCCUACUGGUAUGAAACCGGGCCACCCGAAAUCUUCAAGGCUGGGGUCCACAUCCAUGCUCCCCAGGCCGCUGCUGAGAAGCCCCGUCACGAGAAUGCAGACAACGCAGCCGAUGGUGAAAGCGAAACACACGAUGCUGAAUCCCAAGACGCCGAGGCAGCGGUUAUCGAAACCGCACCCAAGAACUUCCUCUUGCUGAAACGCGAAGGAGAGUCCAAUCCGUGGCAUUGCCUCUUGGAGAUCUUCUCUGCAUGGAUAAGCUUCGAUGUGCUACGGAUCUCCAGAGACCCUACCAACCAAGACCUCCCCUUCUUUCGGGUACCCGAUGACGUCUCAGAUACACAAGUCGUCAUUUUGGAUGACCGCGAGGACGGUCCCUACUUUGACCUAUGGACCCUGUUUGCUUCAGCUCGCAAACCUGUGCGUCUCAGACAGUUGGCUGAGCAGCCCAAGUUGGCCAACGCGAUUCACCAAGCUAAUAUCAUCGUGCCGUUGGCCGGGAGCAGCAAUCCCAUGUGGAAGGACGACGUCGAGGAGGCCAAUUGCUACUCUAUGCCUUUGGUGUCGGUCUUUGUGCAGCGUGUCCUGGGCUUCUAUCAGGUGCCAGACCCAGCCCCACGAAAGGCAGACGACCCUGUGACCGUCACAUUUGUGGACCGCACAGGAAGCCGACGACUUGUAGAUCAGUCAAGUAUGUUUGAGGAACUCAAGAAACGGAACCCACACAUAUUCUUCCAGGCCAUCGAUUUCGGAGCCAUCCCCUUUUCCGAACAACUCGCUAUUGUUCGGAAUACGGAUUUGUUGGUUGGUGUCCACGGCGCCGGUCUAACGCACAGCCUCUUUAUGCGAGAGGACGCGGGCGCCGUGGUCGAGAUACAACCGGAAGGCGUGAAUUACCGCAUGUUUCGCAACUGCGCUCAUUUGAGAGGUUCUGGGUAUUAUCGAGUCCACGCCAAAGAAAUCAAGGAAGGCGAAGAGUCGCGAGCACUAGAGGAAGGCCAAUCCGCGAAACGUCAUGGCAAACGAGGUGAUUGGCAUUUCCACGACGUUCAAAUCGAGCCUGAGAGAUUCUUUGAUGUCGUGGAAGCCGCCGCGAAAAGCUUGUACGGAAACGGCGUCUGGGAUUACGACGUGAAUUGA